AUGCUUUCCAAUCACAACACCAUUAAUACACUCAACACUUAUCACUAUUUCCACUGUUUUUGGCCUAAAUUUCAGUACAAGACUAAAGAUGAGCGGCAAUUAACUCAAUACCAAUGGACUCAUUCAUCAAUAAAACAAUUCAAAUGUAAUUAUAUUAAUUGCAAUUCAAUAUAUAAAUGGAAAUCACAACUAAAUCAACACAUAAAUAAAAUUCACUUAAACGUGAGAUAUGUAUGCGUUUGGAGUGAAUGUCACAAACAGUUUACAACAAAAGGAGAUCUAAAUCAACACAAAAGUUGUGUUCAUUUGAAUGAAAAGUUAUACAAAUGUAAUGAAGAAAAUUGUGGCAAAAAAUUCAAAGAAAGACAGCAUUUAACUCAACACAAGCAAUGCAUGCAUUCAUCGGAAAAGCCGUUUAUUUGUCAUUUCAAUGAUUGCGAUAAACACAUUCAUUAA